AACUCAUCCUAUGUCAUCAUCUAUAUAUUUAAUUCUCUCUCACUUUUCACCUCGUAUUAUUAUAAAUAUAAAUACCCACCUCUCUCCCAAAUCUCUCAUGUCUCACAAGCUCUUUCUCUGUUGGGGGAUCAAUAUCUGAUCAGCUCAAAUAUAUUUCAAAAUCCUGAUCCCUCCAGAGAGAGCUUGACGCCAAGAUCAACAAAAUAUAUACUACUAUUUUACAUUUUAUUAAUAGUAUGGCAGUCAUGAAUGCUUCCCGCUUGGCUUUUGUUUUUGGCAUUCUUGGUAACAUCGUGUCCUUCCUCGUCUAUCUAGCCCCACUGCCAACCUUUUACAGGAUAUUCAGGAAAAAAUCUACGGAGGGAUUCCAAGCCAUACCUUAUUCGGUAGCAUUGUUUAGCGCCAUGUUGACGCUUUACUAUGGCAUACUCAAGGGCCUACCUAAUGGCGUCAUGAUCAUCACCAUCAAUUCUAUUGGUUGCGCCAUAGAAUCCAUUUAUCUCAUUGUCUUCCUCAUUUAUGCACCGGGAAAAGUCAGGAUUUACACAAUAAAGCUUCUGGUUCUCUUUAACAUGGGGGCUUAUGGAUUGAUCUUACUCUCCACAUCUUUCGUCGGAAAAAUUUCUCAGCGAGUUACCGUCGUCGGAUGGAUUUGCGCUGUGUUUUCUGUCUGUGUUUUCGCAGCUCCUCUGAGUAUCAUUAGGCUAGUAAUCAAGACAAGGAGUGUGGAAUACAUGCCAUUCGCGUUGUCAUUCUGCUUAACCCUAUGUGCUGUAAUGUGGUUCUUCUAUGGCCUGCUUGUCAACGAUUUCUUCAUAGCGUCACCAAACAUUCUAGGAUUCUUGUUCGGGAUUGCACAAAUGAUAUUAUACCUUGUCUUCAAGAAUUCCAAGAAAGAGGUGUUGCCGGAGUUUAAGCUUCAAGAGAUGCCACCAAACGUCGCCGCUCAGGCGAACGCCGUACAAGAGGCGACCGUCAUUAAUGGCAAUAAUAUUCCAAGCUCAGAGAGAAACAAUAAUGACGUAACUAUGAUAGUGUGAUCAUAGCUAGCUAAGGCAUUUAUAAACCAAAGUUGAGAAUUGCAUGAGAUGUGUAUUGGCUAUAAAUAUAUGCAAAUGUGUAAUUAGUUAAAAAGAAUUAAGUAGAAGAAGAGACUAGAGGGGAAGGGAAUUUAGACAGAAAAAAUAUAUUGGAAGCGUUUAUACAAGGUUUAUCAUGUUGUUUAAUUUGAUUUCUCCUCAUGCUAUCAUAAAGA